AUGGGUCCCGACACUGCGUAUGAUGAACCACUGAGGGAUUCCGGUACUCUGGAUGAACCAGAACCUGAUACUCUGAGGGAUUCAGGUGCUCUGGAAGAACCAUUGUGUGAUCCUGAAUCUCCGAAGGAUUCUGGUAUCUGGAUGAACCGGAACCUGGAUUCUGGUGAUCUGGAAGAACCGGAACCUGGUACUCUGAGGGAUUCUGGUGCUCUGGAAGAACCAUUGUGUGAUCCUGAAUCUCCGAAGGAUUCUGGUGAUCUGGAUGAACCGGAACCUGGUACUCUGAGGGAUUCUGGUGCUCUAGAUGAACCAUUGUGUGAUCCUGAAUCUCCGAAGGAUUCUGGUGAUCUGGAUGAACCGGAACCUGGUACUCCAAGGGAUUCUGAUACUCUGGGAGAACCAUUGUGGGAUCCUGAAUCUCCGAAGGAUUCUGGUGAUCUGGAAGAACCGGAACCUGAACCAUUGUGUGAUCCUGAAUCUCCAAGGGAUUCUGGUGCUCUGGAUGAACCGGAACCUGGUACUCCGAGGGAUUCUGAUACUCUGGAAGAACCGGAACCUGGUACUCUGAGGGAUUCUGAUACUCUGGGAGAACCAUUGUGGGAUCCUGAAUCUCCGAGGGAACCUGGUGCUCUGGAAGAACCAUUGUGUGAUCCUGAAUCUCCGAGGGAUUCUGAUACUCUGGGAGAACCAUUGUGGGAUCCUGAAUCUCCGAAGGAUUCUGGUGAUCUGGAUGAACCGGAACCUGGGAUUCUGAUAGCUCUGGAAGAACCAUUGUGUGAUCCUGAAUCUCCAAGGGAUUCUGGUGCUCUAGAUGAACCGGAACCUGGUACUCCAAGGGAUUCUGAUACUCUGGGAGAACCAUUGUGGGAUCCUGAAUCUCCGAGGGAUUCUGGUGCUCUGGAAGAACCGGAACCUGAUACUCCAAGGGAUUCUGGUGCUCUAGAUGAACCAUUGUGUGAUCCUGAAUCUCCGAGGGAUUCUGGUGAUCUGGAUGAACCGGAACCUGGUACUCCGAGGGAUUCUGAUACUCUGGGAGAACCGGAACCUGGUACUCUGAGGGAUUCUGAUACUCUGGAAGAACCAUUGUGUGAUCCUGAAUCUCUAAGGGAUUCUGGUGCUCUAGAUGAACCAUUGUGUGAUCCUGAAUCUCCGAGGGAACCUGGUGCUCUGGAAGAACCAUUGUGUGAUCCUGAAUCUCCGAAGGAUUCUGGUGAUCUGGAUGAACCGGAACCUGGUACUCUGAGGGAUUCUGGUGCUCUAGAUGAACCAUUGUGUGAUCCUGAAUCUCCGAAGGAUUCUGGUGAUCUGGAUGAACCGGAACCUGGUACUCCAAGGGAUUCUGAUACUCUGGGAGAACCAUUGUGGGAUCCUGAAUCUCCGAGGGAUUCUGGUGUUCUGGAAGAACCGGAACCUGGUACUCUGAGGGAUUCUGAUACUCUGGGAGAACCAUUGUGGGAUCCUGAAUCUCCGAGGGAACCUGGUGCUCUGGAAGAACCAUUGUGUGAUCCUGAAUCUCCGAAGGAUUCUGAACCAUUGUGGGAUCCUGAAUCUCCGAAGGAUUCUGGUGAUCUGGAUGAACCGGAACCUGAUACUCCAAGGGAUUCUGGUGCUCUAGAUGAACCAUUGUGUGAUCCUGAAUCUCCGAGGGAUUCUGGUGAUCUGGAUGAACCGGAACCUGGUACUCCGAGGGAUUCUGAUACUCUGGGAGAACCGGAACCUGGUACUCUGAGGGAUUCUGAUACUCUGGAAGAACCAUUGUGUGAUCCUGAAUCUCUAAGGGAUUCUGGUGCUCUAGAUGAACCAUUGUGUGAUCCUGAAUCUCCAAGGGAUUCUGAUACUCUGGGAGAACCAUUGUGGGAUCCUGAAUCUCCGAAGGAUUCUGGUGAUCUGGAUGAACCGGAACCUGGUACUCUGAGGGAUUCUGGUGCUCUAGAUGAACCAUUGUGUGAUCCUGAAUCUCCGAAGGAUUCUGGUGAUCUGGAUGAACCGGAACCUGGUACUCCAAGGGAUUCUGAUACUCUGGGAGAACCAUUGUGGGAUCCUGAAUCUCCGAGGGAUUCUGGUGUUCUGGAAGAACCAUUGUGUGAUCCUGAAUCUCCAAGGGAUUCUGGUGCUCUGGAUGAACCGGAACCUGGUACUCCGAGGGAUUCUGAUACUCUGGAAGAACCGGAACCUGGUACUCUGAGGGGUUCUGAUGCUCUGGAAGAACCAUUGUGGGAUCCUGAAUCUCCGAGGGAUUCUGGUGCUCUGGAAGAACCGGAACCUGAUACUCCAAGGGAUUCUGGUGCUCUAGAUGAACCAUUGUGUGAUCCUGAAUCUCCGAGGGAUUCUGGUGCUCUGGAUGAACCGGAACCUGGUACUCCGAGGGAUUCUGGUGAUCUGGAUGAACCGGAACCUGGUACUCCAAGGGAUUCUGAUACUCUGGGAGAACCAUUGUGGGAUCCUGAAUCUCCGAAGGAUUCUGGUGAUCUGGAAGAACCGGAACCUGGUACUCUGAGGGAUUCUGAUACUCUGGGAGAACCGGAACCUGGUACUCUGAGGGAUUCUGAUACUCUGGAAGAACCAUUGUGUGAUCCUGAAUCUCUAAGGGAUUCUGGUGCUCUAGAUGAACCAUUGUGUGAUCCUGAAUCUCCAAGGGAUUCUGAUACUCUGGGAGAACCAUUGUGGGAUCCUGAAUCUCCGAAGGAUUCUGGUGAUCUGGAUGAACCGGAACCUGGUACUCUGAGGGAUUCUGAUACUCUGGGAGAACCAUUGUGGGAUCCUGAAUCUCCAAGGGAUUCUGGUGCUCUGGAAGAACCGGAACCUGGUACUCCAAGGGAUUCUGGUGCUCUAGAUGAACCAUUGUGUGAUCCUGAAUCUCCAAGGGAUUCUGGUGAUCUGGAUGAACCGGAACCUGGUACUCCAAGGGAGUCUGGUGAUCUGGAUGAACCGGAACCUGAUACUCCAAGGGAUUCUGGUGCUCUGGAAGAACCAUUGUGUGAUCCUGAAUCUCCAAGGGAUUCUGAUACUCUGGGAGAACCAUUGUGGGAUCCUGAAUCUCCGAAGGAUUCUGGUGAUCUGGAUGAACCGGAACCUGGUACUCCAAGGGAUUCUGGUGCUCUGGAUGAACCGGAACCUGGUACUCCAAGGGAUUCUGGUGCUCUGGAAGAACCAUUGUGUGAUCCUGAAUCUCCAAGGGAUUCUGAUAGCUCUGGAAGAACCAUUGUGUGA